UUUCAUUUCUAUGGAGAGUCACGGUGUGAGAUUGUGUAAUACAUUAAUUAAUGACGGCCGUCUCCUGUGUUAAAUUUGUAUACAUUAUAAUUAGUAACAGUCUCUCACAUUAAUAAUUCCGCGCGUCAAUGUUUGGUUUACCAUCGAAACACUUUGUACACCAAGAUUCAUUACUUUUAUUGUUGCUUGAUUGCCAGAUAGACGGCUGGUAAUUACCGAGAGUCAUUGUUAAUAAAGUUUAGCAGUGCCGUAUUCAUAAUAAAUUAUUUAAGGUCGGCGAUUUUAUCAACUUACAAUGACUUUAAAUUCGUUGUUGAUAUACAUUUAUUUGUAUGUUUUUGCAUUUCAAUCACUUAUUUCUGGAACUAAAAGUUCAGAAAAGUUUAAUUAGUGGCCGGUUUAAGCGUCACAAAUUGAUGCACAUCAAAUACAUAUUCCUAGUGUAUUUAAGAUUAGCCGGUUUAUUGCUUCAAGGAUGAUAUAAUUAUGGUUAAUCUCAUUAAGUUAAUCCAGUGUGGUUAUUACAUUUUAUUUACAGAGGAAAUUUUGCUCUGAUACAUUUCUUAGAAGUGUCAAUCUUUUAUAAAUUUUAAAUUCAAAAUUGUCAGGACAAAUUGCUUGUUUUCAUAAUUUUGUAACUUUACAAGAGUAGUCAAGGUGCAAUUUGUGAAUUGUUGUUUCGGCACUUAGCGAAACAACGGAAUAAUCAAAUAAAAAUCCCUCCCCACCUUUGAGGAGUGCGAAAAAAAAAACGCACCACAGUUGCGAUAUUAAACUCCGUGCACCAUUCACACGAACAGAACGUCGAAAUCACCGUCGGAGUAGUCAAAGUCGUUUCUCGUGGUGGCGUUUGUCUGCCUCUGGGAAUACUCGCGCGCACACAUGCUACACGUGAACGUGUCCGACGGUGUGCACUAAAUUCUAAUUUAACAAUUUGCACUUUGAUCGCCUGGACCGACGACAAAGUCGCAUUCGAAUUGCCGAAGUUUACUCGCACCCGGAUCGAGAUAACGGUUAUUAUAAUUUCAUAGUGGAGCGAAACUUUGCGAUGAAACCCUGGAUCGUCUGGUUUUAGUGUGUUGCUACAUACCGCAGUUUUGGAAACACAUAUUUAAUAAGUUGCGUUUGGAGUACGACUUUUGCAUACAGAAGCAAUAAACAUAAAAAAAUAAGUCGAGUAUAACAAACAACCGUUUUAAAUUAAAAUCAAGUGUGACGCAUUCGCCGCAAUUGGAUCAACAAUAACAUACAAAAGGCUGCCCGGACUAGUUUCUUGGACUCGAAUAAAACUGAUAAAGAUUCAGAUACACCGUCAACGUAACUGGAAAAUGAUGCGUUCGAAACUUUUAAUUGCGACUUCGCCGGUCGAGUGCCAAAGAUACGGAGGUGGUUGUCGUUUCCGCAUGUGAAAGUGAUAGUGCUACGUUUAAUUAAAUGGAUACAUCAUAAAUGGUGUCUGCAUCGAAAGACAGUUCAACAUUAAAAAUGGACAACCUUGGCUUCCAAGAUUCGAAUCAUUCCAAUAAGAAAUUGGGUCGAUCGGUGAGUGUCAACGCUGAGGUAGAGUCCUUUCCGUUGUACAAAACACCCACGGCAUCAAUGCUUAUUAAAUGGAAGCGUAACCGCGGUGAUCCGGAGGAAAUGCUGGAGGAGGAUUAUCCCUCUGACGAUUUCGAGUAUAUGCAAUGUGGGCCGUCGCCUCCCGCGGAUCACACCCCCAAUAUAUACGAAAGCUUCGAGGAAUUUUCGAUGAACCACGAGCUCACUGUGCAGAUAUGUCACGAUACCAUAAAGAUGAACUUGUUGGAACAUCUGAAAAGUUCUUCGGGGAGACAUCAACUAUUUGACGACAUUGAAUGCAAAAAGAUUCAACAGGACACGCUAGAUGAUGCAUUUGCUGGCGCCACCAAAGUGGAAAUCAACAUUGCUUUCCUUUGGGCUGCUUUUAUGAAAAGGUGGGACAUCCUGGAAGGAUUUUUAAAUAUGGGAGCGCAAUUGAAUUAUUACGAGCCUAAUCAAGGUUUGAGUGCGUUGCAUUUGGCAGCGUUUAGUGGUGAUAUUGCGGGUACUCAAUAUUUGAUUCAGAAGGGCGCUGAUGUGAAUGCUACCUACAAGGCUUAUUCGCCGCUUCACUGCGCCGCAUUUGGCGACAGUCCUGAGACGGCGAUGAUUUUGCUCAGCAGCGGCGCAAAGGUGAGCGCACUCACGAAUAAUCCGAGCAAUUGUCACGAAAGCGUCCUGCAUUGCGCGGUCCGCGCGAAUGCGAUCGCGUGCGUCCGUUUGUUCACCGCGCAAGGCGCUGAUGUGGGUCAAGUGGAAUAUUCGGGAAUGUCACCGAUUCAUCUUGCUGGCGACCUUGGGCAUUCGCAGUGCUUAAAAAUUAUGCUUGAAGCGAAGGGGAACAAUGUGAAUGCGAAAACGAAAGAAAAGGAUCUGACAGCGUUGCACUUAGCCGCCGAGGGCGGAUACGUAGAAUGUAUUGAGAUACUUAUGGAAAAAAGGGCUGAUGCUAAUGUGCGCAACCAUCGUGGCCAGACUCCAUUGCAUUUGGCAGCACGCGCACAGGCUUUUGAUUGCGUCGAAAUAUUAAUGCGCAAAGGUAAUGCAGACCCGAAUAUACCAGACGUUGAUCAACGCACACCACUGCACGCCGCUGUAGGCAAGGCGACGCGUUCAUACGAUAUCAUAGAAAUCUUAAUUAAUUGGGGCGCCGACGUGAAUUUUAAGGAUCAGUACGGUUACACUCCGUUGCAUAUCGCUGCGCUAAACGAACUCAGCCAAUGCGUCGAAGUGCUUAUUUACCACGGAGCUGAUGUAACAGCAAAAUCCAAGUUUGGUAUGACGGCCCUGGGCAUAAUCACCAGGAAGACGCCGGCAUCCUUGGCAAUGGUCACACAGAAGUUGGACUCGGCGAUCAGUUUGCACCACCAUCCGGAGUCGUCCAACAGAGAGGUGGAAUUGCGCCUUGAUUUUCGAAGCAUUCUACAACACUGUCACCCGCGAGAAAUCAGCUUUUUAAACACAUUCGUCGAUGAAGGGCAGAAGGAAGUGUUAUUGCAUCCGCUGUGUUCGGCGUUUCUCUAUUUGAAAUGGGAGCGCAUUAGGAAGUUCUACAUCGCGCGCAUGCUGUUUUGUUUGAUAUUUAUUUUAAGUUUAUCAUUAUACGUCCUCACCGCACUGGCACACAACUGUUACAAUCACGGCAAGAACAUGAAUGAAAGUCAGCCGCAGAAUGUUAUCGAACUAUGCGAGAAAAAGUCCAUGAUGGGACAUAUGCUGAGGAAUAACCCGUUUGUCAUCGAAAUGCAAUGGUUUGUUUUGGUUGGGAUAACAUGCUGCGAAAUUUUGAGGAAAGUUUAUGGAAUAGCUGGUUAUCCCACUGUGAAACAAUAUUUAUCGCACCCUGAAAAUAUUAUUGAAUGGUCUGUCAUCGCUAGUGUAUUUAUUAUUUCUUUUAUUUACACCGGACGCACAUACACGUGGCAAAAUCACGUGGGAGCAUUUGCUGUAUUAUUCGGUUGGACCAAUUUGAUGUUGAUGAUAGGUCAGCUGCCUGUAUUCGGCUCUUACGUGGCAAUGUAUACCCGCGUGCAAGGGGAAUUUGCAAAAUUAUUGCUCGCAUACUCAUGUUUACUCAUAGGCUUUACAAUCAGUUUUUGCGUCAUCUUUCCGGAUUCGUCCACAUUUGCUAAUCCGUUUAUAGGUCUAAUAACAGUGUUGGUAAUGAUGACGGGCGAGUUGAGCUUAGAUUUAUUGGUCGACGACGACCCUGAGGACCCGCCAUUCCUGCUCGAAAUUAGCGCCCAAGUGACGUUUGUCUUAUUUUUACUAUUCGUUACCGUCAUACUGAUGAAUUUGCUCGUUGGUAUCGCUGUACACGACAUUCAGGGGCUGCAAAAAACCGCCGGACUAUCCAAGUUGGUGCGUCAGACGAAGCUUAUUUCGUAUAUGGAGUUGGCGUUGUUCAACGGCUAUCUGCCGGCAUAUCUACUCAAUUUGCUACAUUGGACGGCGCUUGUCUCGCCGAAGGCGUACCGCGUGGUGUUGAAUGUGAAGCCGCUCAACCCAAGGGAAAAGCGUCUUCCGCGGGACAUUCUUAAGGCGGCCCACGAGAUCGCUAAGCAGCGCAAACAUUACGGCCACACGAUCUCGUCGCAGGGCACGCAUAUUUCGACGUACACGGCGCACAAAAAGUGGAUGAACAAUAACAUCAUCAACGAUCAGAACAGCGAAAUACUCGCUGAUUACGGCUGUAGUAUGACGACGUUGCAGAGCAAAGUCGAGAAAAGCACCGAGCAAAUUGAACAUUUAAGUGGCGAGAUCAGAGAGUUGAAGAUUGCCUUAAAUAACAAUCAACAAGUUAUUGAACAAUUGCUGAACGUGCUCGCACAAAAGGGCGCGUCGCACACUGCAAAUUGCUGACGAUAUACUUUUGGCAACAUGUGUAUGUGUGCAUUUUGCAAACUGUGCCUUAUUGGAUGACUAGGUAUAUUAAAAUGUACACGGCAAUACAAGCGCAACAACGCAAUAAACAAAUGAGCAAAGUUUUUUAAAAGGAUGCGAACACAUAUUUCGUAAAUCAUUGUUGAGAGAAAAUUUUUAUGCAGUGUGCCUUUCUAUAUGAAUUUUCUAUUUGUGAUAUUAAUUUAUUAGUUAUAUGACUAGUUUCUAUGUCAGUGCCUUUAGAUAUUUGAUACCUGUAAAUACAACCUUAGCAUCGUUUUUAAGUGAUAACAAGUUAUCUUAUGCACUAAUAAAGAAAUAAACCUACAAUUACGCAAUAAAA